GAGCCCCGCGGCGGUUUGUGGCCGGUGUGUAUGUGUGUAUAUAUCUCUUCAGGAGGACGACUUACUUACAAUUAUCCCGUCGCAUACAACGAUUUUUCCUCCCGUUUCCAGGGUUCCGGAAAGUGGAGACCUCCAUGGCUUAACGCGGGACCGUGUCAUGGACUUUAUUCGUGUAUGACUUUCUUUUCUGGGGAAUUUUUCGUGUCUCUCAGCGGGCUAAGCUAGUUACCGAGCUCGCGAGCUAAUACUGGAUUUACGCAAAUUCUCCGCGCAUGAAAGUUCCACAGACCGAACAAAUAGCAGUUUUUUUGGGGAUAAAUCAACUCGGGGUUAUUUAUAAAGUCUCUUCUAGUUCGGACGGCUCGAUAAGGGGAAGGUAGAAGGCCAGUGAUACCUCAGCUUAGCUAACGAGCUAAUAUGAAGUUAGCCAGCUAACGCUCUCGUGCGCAAGAAAACACCCUCCGCGCGAGCUGUGCUCUUGUAUUCAAUCUUGACAGCUAAAUACUUGCAUUUGAAGUCUGUUUAAAUAGGCAUUUGAGGUAUUUUUCAAUAUUAAUCACUCUGUCUUGGGGAGUGGUGGCUUGAUGGUCUGCUCUGCAUACUUCAGCCAAACCCACUCACAUUAUUAUUAAUCUUCAUUAUGGUUUAACACUUUCACAAGUGCAUUUCGUGCCUAGAAAUCAUUCCCUCUAAAUAUAGACACACAUGUCAACUUGACAGUAAUACUUGUUUUUUUUUAGGAGAACAGGUUGACCAAUUCAACAGGUUAUUGGUGUACUAGUUGCUGGGUUGUUUACUGGUCAGGCCUAUGCUUGUAAAGGGGGAUGAGGAUGACUUGUGUUGGGAACGAAGUAUAACAGCUCGAAUUGUGGACUGUCAUCUGGACACACAGAUUUGUAUGGAAUUGGGCAGCUGUUUUGGGUUUUGUUCGGGAACAUGGGGGUCUCGCAAGGGGGCAAGAAGUCAUCUACAUAGUGUAUAAAUAUACAGUCUUGUUGACGUUAUGUAGUCUGUUUAGCAGGAGUCUUUUUGUAGAGUUGGAAUUUUUUGUUCGUAUUACUAUGUGCGUUGGUCUGCUGGUAAUUUAUUAGGAAGAUAGGAGAAUUGGAGCAACAGGUCAGUCUGGAUCAAGAAACCCUGUCUUUCGUCUCUGGUUGGAGUAACACUCCCAAGCCAUCCUCAAUGCCUUCAGCGCUGGCCGUGUUCACCUGCCGCCCGAAUUCACACCCGUUUCAGGAACGUCAUGUUUACCUGGAUGAGCCGGUCAAAAUCGGGCGCUCCGUGGCCCGGUGUCGCCCUGCCCAAAACAACGCCACCUUCGACUGCAAAGUGUUGUCGAGGAAUCACGCUCUGGUGUGGUUCGACCACAAGACAGACAAGUUUUAUCUCCAGGACACCAAAAGCAGCAAUGGGACCUUCAUCAACAGCCAGCGUCUGAGCCGCGGGUCGGAGGAGAGUCCUCCCUGUGAGGUGCUCUCCGGUGACAUCAUUCAGUUCGGGGUGGAUGUGACUGAAAACACCCGGAAAGUCACCCAUGGCUGUAUAGUGUCCACCAUCAAGCUCUUCUUACCAGAUGGCAUGGAAGCUCGGCGGCGUUCAGAUGUUGUUCCUGCACCACUGCCACUGGCUAUUGAUAAGGUGUCUGCAAGUACUCCCAGUAUGUAUUCUCAGGAACUGUUUCAGCUCUCCCAGUACCUGCAGGAGGCCUUACACAGAGAGCAGAUGCUGGAGCAGAAGUUGGCCACACUGCAGAGGCUGCUGGCCAGCACACAGGAGGCGUCAGAGAGCAGCUGGCAGGCUUUAAUCGAUGAGGACCGGUUACUCUCUAGAUUGGAGGUGAUGGGGAAUCAGUUGCAAGCAUAUUCAAAAAACCAAACCGAAGACGGUAUCCGAAAGGAGCUUGUAGCCUUAACAGAGGACAAACAUAAUUAUGAGACGACAGCCAAAGAGUCCCUGAGGCGGGUCCUUCAGGAGAAGAUCGAGGUGGUCAGAAAGCUGUCUGAGGUCGAGAGGAGUUUGAGUAACACAGAAGACGAGUGCACACACCUGAAAGAGAUGAACGAACGCACACAGGAGGAGCUCAGAGAACUCGCUAACAAAUACAACGGAGCCGUCAAUGAAAUCAAGGAUCUGACAGAAAAGAUCAAGUUGGCGGAGGAUAAACAUGAGGAGCUCACGCAGAAAGGCCUAAAUGAGAAGAAAGAGCUGCAGAUGCGGAUCGAGGAGAUGGAGGAGAAGGAACAGGCGCUUCAGGCUCGAAUCGAAGCUCUGCAGUCUGAUAUGGAGGCUUUGCGAGAGCAGCGAGAGAACACCAUCACCACCACCAGAGAGGAGCUGUACAGCGCUCAGGAAGAGAUCCUGGUGCUCCGGCACACCAUGGAGGCUGCCACCGCCGAACGGGAGCGAGAGAUCGCCGCUCUACAAGGAGACCUGAGCGUCGUCACUGCCGAGCUGGACAAAUGGAGACAGACGGCAGCCAAAUAUGAAGUGGAGAUCAGCAAUCUGCAGGCCAGCUUCCAGCUCCAGAGCCAGCACCAGGAGAGAGCUAGCCAGCUCCAAGGUGAAUUGGAGAAGCUGCAGGCCGAUUGCUCUGGUCUACAGAAUGAAUGUGACAGUCUCCGGGCUGAGAAAACCACACUGAUGCAGAAACUCCACAGACUAGAGGAAGAGCUCGACAGCUCCAGAGAGCGGAGUGCGACGUUGAGCAGCAAUCUGAACGCUCUGGAGAAAUCCCAGGGUGAUCUGGAGAAUAAACUGGGCUCAAUACAGGACCAGCACCAACAGGACGCCAGCAAGCUGAAGAUCCAGCUGGCCCAAGCCGAGAACCGCACCAGAGACCUGCAGAAGGAGUACGAUGACACUCAGAGUCUGCUGUCUGAUCUGCGGCAGCGCUAUGAACAGACGGAGCAGGAGAAACGCUCAAUCAACGAUGAGCUUGAACAGUGCAAAGUCAACCUCAAACUCCUGCAGGACAAGGGCAGCAAUAGCGGAUGGAUGCCCUGGAUGCCGGUGGUUGCGGCCGUAGUGGCUGUUACGGCAGUGGUGCUUUAUCCCAGUUUGUCCAAGAGCUCAUCCUGAGAAUGUUAACCAAUCACAACACCACCGCUUCCUGUCCCAAACACGGCCCUCUGUCCAAUCCCAGUGUCAGAUUUAGAGUUCUGACCAUAAUACCUCUCGUUUUGUUUUUGACAAUACAGCCCCCCCGCCUGAUGUCUGUGUAAAAUGCAAAUGUAUAUAGUAUAGAAUGAAAGAGGGAAUACAAUUGUAAUGCAUAUUAUAGAAUAAAUAAUCUAUCUGCAUUUUUGUCACUCGGAUGGGAAUUUUUGGAUUAUUCAAAUGGCCUAAAAUAGGUCUUUUUCUUUGGGGAUGGGUACUGUAUUUUAUUCUGUUAGUGAAGUUUUGUUCCUCGGACUCUUCUUUGUGGGUUUGCCAUGUGGUAAAUCCCAAUAUAUGUACAGCCAAAUGAGAAACCUAGGGCACAAAGGGGUGAAGUGCCUACUUUAAAUACUACUACUAUAGAUCACAUUGAAGUGCCACUCUUGUUCCACUCAUGCAGCGUAUCAUCAACUCAAUCUCGAAUGGAGACAAAAAAACAACUGAAAAGUCUACAUUUUUACGUCGUGUGCUGUUAUUGUGUGUUCAAAUCCGACAUGCUUCUAGCACAGUGAGAUGUCGUCGUUCUCUAUGGCUGUUGUAUCAUGUAUUAUACGCAAAUGUUCAUGUCAGAAACACUACAAGUUAUAUAUAGGGGAUUUUGAAAUUCGACGUUCUUGAUUGUGGUCAAUGGAAAAUGGAAUGAAACGUUGACCUAAAACGAACAAAUAAAACACACACACACACACACACACACACAAACGUAGCUUUUUACCAACACACUGUCCUGCUGUCUGGACUAAAAAGGAGCACUUUGAGUUCACAGCUCCUGUUGUUUGUUUCUGUACUAAAUCUCCGACAGUACCUCCUCAAAAAAAAAAGGCUCUGGGAUUUUGCUGCCUUAUCUGUAACAUAGGUUUCUUUAACAGAAUGAUAUCGGAUGCUUUAAAGAUGAAUGGGAAGCACUCUUGUGAAGCACAGAAAAGUUAUUUUUGUUGGUGAACGGAGUGAAUUUGUUGAAAUGUGGAUGUUGUGCGAGCUGCUUUGAGAGACUUUUGGAGGAAGAUGAAUUAACCAAUGAUGUGUUUGGUGUGUGGUUCACAUUUGUCUGCUGUGCUGUAAAUAAACAGACGUGGAGCAUAAAAAAAAGCCUAACUCUGCUUCAACGUGUCGAGGACUUUUUUUUUUUUGCAUCUCUCUCUAUUAUUAUUAUUUUUUUUGUAUCACUUUACUGAAAAGUCAACAAUCCAUUGAACGCUUCAACGUGGAUUUGACCACGAAUGCAAAACAAAGCAAAGCUUGUAGCACAGAAAGGAUAGCUUUAAAAUGAUCUCUUGCAUUUUUGUUCGUGAUGCUUUCAUUAAACAGCAUGAUGGACUUUUUAUUCUUUAGUUUGUUUUUUUUAAUCGUUCUUCACGUUAGACGAAUGCUUAGGCGGUUUGUAAAUAUGUAUGUAUGAAUGUCUGUGUGUAAAUAUAUGUUAUAGUCACAAAAGAAUAAAACUUGGUUAUAAAUGAUAUUGGUCACAUCUAAUUUGCUGCUGAAGACACUUGAUUGACACUGAUUAAAUACGAGUUCUCAGUUUUGUUUUCUAGGUGAAUUUUUAACAUUAUUUUGGCGCGUAAACAAGUGUUUUUUUAAUAUUUAGCAUUUUUGAUUACACAUUAAGACCAACGCAGACCAAGGCUUUUUUUCUAACUAGUUUCUGAACUUAUUAAUGCAGACUCAAACUUUAAAUGCAUAAUUUUUUGUUUCAAGUUUAAACAGAUCAUCACUGAAGCUAUCUACGCUGUUUUUUUUUAACUUAAAGAUUGUAUUUUAGUGUCUUUAUUUUGUCAUUUUUCUAAAAUGGUGGACUAAGGUUUCUCACAAGUCUUAAAUCUAAAACUUGUUUUUCUUUUCUUUGUGUUUUCCAAGAUACUUUAUCUUUAAACUGGUCAGAAACUUCCAACUAAGGCCGAGUUCAGACUGCAGGAUUUCCAAAGUAGUGGCGUCUCAGAUGUUUGACAUUGCAUGGCUAACGUUCCGUCACUGCUGUGUUUACACUAUAGGAUGGAUCGGCGACAGGGGGUUUCACACUGCAUGACCUUACAAUAGGAAGAAUCAGACAACUUUGUCUCGGUCCACAAACUACGUCUCGCAACCAAACACACGCGAGAAGUGACAAGGAAACAACACGAGGUCAUGUAGCAUAUCUUUAGUUAUUAACUUCAUAAUAAGAAAGAAGCCUUUAGUGUGGUAGAAAAUGUACUUAUUUUGGUCACCUAGCUUUUGAAGGGAAUUAGCCAUUUCUCUCAAACUUUUUCUUUUUCGACCCAGUUAUGGUAUUGCUCAGAUGACACAUCAAGCAGGCACAGGUGCUCCUGCAAAAUUACCACUAGGUUUUCUUCCAUUUCUUGGGUCCAAAUAGACCAAAAAGAAGCCCUUUUAACAUCUCCCCCAACCUCCCGCUGGCCUGCAGAGCCCCAUACUUGUGGAUAGCUGCUCUCAUAAUAGGUGUUAAAAUGUUGUUUCCUUAUAUAAUAAUGUUUCCAUCCACCUAUUUUAUGCACAUAACUGAGUAAGACAAACUUUUUAAUUGAUAAGAUGCGCAUAAACUACAAUGGAAACACUUUUACCACACAAAUUUCAGCAUGCGCAUUAAUAAAGUCAUGUGAUUCUGUUAAAAGAGAUCAUGUGAUGAUGAAAAUGUGUGUAAAUGGACAAACCAGCAGGCUGAGCACACUGUAAACCAUCUGAACUGUUGUUUUGGUCAUUCUAAAACACCUUACCGUUUCAGUAUUAGUGUUAUUAUAUUAUUAAUGACCUCCAGAAUCAAGAGCGUCUGACACCUUCUAACGGCACCGCGCGUUCACUGCGUGUCAGGAUUGCCUUCUGAGGUAGAAGUCAUUUAUUAGAUGAAGAAAAGAUUGACGCAGCUUCUCCUACCACAGUAAAUUCAGUUUUUACUGUUGAUAUUUGCCACCAGAUAAUCAGGAAGUGGCGAUUCUGUUCGCUUUGACUCGUUGGAUGGAAACGCUGCUUUACUCGCACGUCUUUUAUGCGAUAAUUCAGUUUUGCGCAUAAAGUUCAUUCGCAUUUUUGGAUGGAAACAGCUAUUGACUGUAGUAAAUCACAGAUGUUAUUUUCAAUCAGAACACUUUUCACACGGCCUGAUUUGAAUCGCCGACAGCUCCAGUUAUUUAGCAUGCCAAAUAUCUGACAGGUGUCGUCUAUGAUAGUUCACACUGUGUGAUUGUCACUUAAGUGAACGAGCACCGGUUUACCUUUGAUUGCAGGCAUUUGGUGACGAUUUCUCAGAAAAGGAGUCAAAAUCAGGGCUAAAAUCAUGCAGUCUGAACUCUGCAUAAGACAGUACAGUACAGCGCACUGCCUGUAUAUAUUUAUAUUGGUAAAUAUUGUUUAUUUUCUUGAAUUGAGAGCUCGGUACGACUUGUUGAAGAUCAGCUGUAGUUCAUGGUCAGAAAUCUAUUUUAAAAUAACACAGGAUGAUAUAAAUGAAAUAGUGUGUUAGACACAGAUAAAGGGUUUAUUUGCACUAACACGUGUGAUGUGCAUGACUCCAAUAAAACAUCUGUCCUUGA